UUCCCCUAGCCGAGUAGCAACAAGUCCAACCUGGCCGCGGACCGAGACCCCGAACCUGGACUAUCAAAAACAGGCUUCAAACCCCAAGUGACAAUGUUCCCUAGGCUUUAACGAAGUGGCAACCGAACUUCCGGCGUCCAUUUUGAGCACUUUUUAAUUUGACCAUGUUGGGGAUGUACGUGCCGGACAGAUUCUCCCUGCAGUCGUCCAAAGUCCAGGAUGGCAUCGGUUUAUUCACUGCUCGGCGGGUCAAAAAGGGAGAAAAAUUCGGGCCCUUCGCAGGUGAGAAGAAGCUGCCGUGCGAGCUGGACGAAAGCUCCGACACCAGACUGAUGUGGGAGGUCCGCGGCACUAAGGGCGACGUCCUGUACAUCCUGGACGCCAGCAAUCCGCGCUACGCCAACUGGCUGCGUUUCGUCCACCAGGCACCCUCGCAGGAGCAGAAGAACCUGGCGGCCAUUCAGGACGGCGAGAACAUUUUCUACUUGGCGGUGGAUGAUAUCGAGACUGACACGGAGCUCCUGAUCGGCUUCCUGGACAGCGACAUGGAAGAGGAGGAAGAAGAGGAAGAAGAAGAGGAGGAACCGGACAAAGACGAUGAGGACAGCGGCAAGGAGGCCAAGCGUCUGCUGGAAAUGGAAGUGGUGAUCAAGAAGGAGGACCACCCGUGCUUGCUGUGCGAGAGCAGCUUCCCCAGCGAGGAGAUCCUGGCCGCCCACCUGCAGAGCCUCCACCAGAGGCCCGGCACUGAUGACAAGGACUUCAAGUGUAGGAGCUGCGGCAAAAAGUUCCCCGUCAAACAAGCGCUGCAGCGACACGUGUUGCACUGUUCCGAGUCGGUGAGCCCGUCGGGUGACUCCAAAGCUCCUCACCAGUGUUCCUUGUGUCACAGUACUUUCAGCUCCGAAUCCAGUUUCGAGCAACACAAGGAGGCGUGCAAAGGCGACGCCCGCUUCAUCUGCAAAGAGGAGAGCUGCGGCAAGCGCUUCAAGAGCAAGGACGCGCUGAAGAAACAUAAAGGGAACGUGCACACAGGAAGUGCGCGAAGGAAACUGACAUGUACCAUCUGUAACAGAAAGUGCUCGUCGUCUCUAAAUUUGCAAGAGCAUAGAAAGAUCCACGAAAUAUUCGACUGCCACGCAUGCGACAAGAAGUUCAUCUCCACCAAUCAGCUGAAACGUCACAUGAUUACACACUCAGAAAAGCGUCCAUACACAUGUGAGAUCUGCAGCCGUUCCUUCAAGCGUCUUGACCAGGUGACGGCACACAAAAUCAUCCACAGCGAGGACAAGCCUUACAAAUGCAAACUGUGCGGCAAGGAGUUCGCCCACCGGAACGUCUACAAGAACCACAAAAAAACGCAUUCGGAGGAAAGACCAUUCCAGUGCGACGAGUGCAAGGCCCUCUUCCGAACCCCUUUCUCUCUACAGCGCCACCUACUCAUCCACAACAGUGAAAGGACGUUCAAGUGCGACCAGUGCAACGCCACCUUCAAGCGCAAGGACACGCUCAACGUGCACAUCCAGGUGGUGCACGACGGACACAAGAAGUACAAGUGCGACCUGUGCGAGAAGGCCUUCGUCACGCCGUCCGUCCUCAAGAGCCACAAGAAGACACACACAGGUGAAAAGGAGAAGAUCUGCCCGUACUGUGGACAAAAGUUCGCUAGCAACGGAACGCUGAGGGUCCACAUCCGCAGUCACACAGGGGAGCGUCCCUACCAGUGUCCCUACUGCGACAAAGCCUUCAGCAAGAACGACGGUCUGAAGAUGCACAUACGCACGCACACUCGGGAGAAGCCAUACAAAUGCACCGAGUGCAACAAGGCCUUUAGUCAGAAAAGAGGUCUCGAUGAACACAUGAGGACGCACACGGGGGAAAAACCAUUCCAGUGUGACGUGUGCGACCUGUCCUUCAGCUUGAAGAAAAUGCUGAGUCGUCACAAGUUGACCCACAACCCCAACCGUCCCAUGGCCGAGUGCCAGCUGUGCCACAAGAAGUUCACACGCAACGACUACCUCAAAGUACACAUGGAGAACGUCCACGGAGAGACGGACGCGUAAAUGCCAAAGAAUCGCUAGCACGGUCAAAUAUUAGCGUGUCCAUUAGACUUAUUUUUACAGUACUGUACAUGCGAGUUUUUAUUAUUUAUCUUUGUUUACUUAAACGCAGUGACAGCUAUCGACAUAAACUGAAUCGACAAUUUUGAAAGAGUAUUUUUGGAAAUUGCAGUACUGAAGAACUUUUUGGGUGGCUAGCGCUUUUAUUAAAUGUAUGUAUUCGAAAUGUUUAACUUAUAUUUAUUCAUACGGGAAAACAUUGCUGCCACAAUAAAAAAAACAAAUGCAUCAUGUUGUUACAUACAUCAAAAGUUUAUUUAUAUUACCAUCUCUCUCACAUCAAGAUUUGAGGGCAGCAUAGGCGAGCGGGGCGGUUGCUUAGGGCGCCAUCUCUUGGUGGGGCGCCAAAUUUCUUUGGGGGCAGGGGGGGGACCCCAGAAAAAAUUUCGGAAAG